AUGGCCCUAACCAUGGCUCUAACCCUGUACCAGUCCCAGGCCCUGUCCCUCUCCUGGUCGCUGUGCCUCUCCCUGUCACUGUGCCUCUCCCUGUCACUCCACCUAUCCCUCUCCCAGUCACUGUCCCUAUCUCUGGCCCUAACCCUGCCCCAGUCCCAGGCCCAACUCCCGCCCCUCUCCCUGUCACUCCACCUAUCCCUCUCCCAGUCACUGUCCCUCUUCCUGUCCCCAGUCCCUGCCCUCUCCCCCCCUCUAGGGACGUGCAGCAACAGCCGCUCGAUGAGCAACGUGCAACAAUCGGCGGCCGCCCCCUCAUCGCUGACCGCCUCGCUGCCGCGCUUCCUCUCACGCGGCCACACCUACCGCGCCGUUGUGGGCGACACACUCGUCCUGCCCUGCCAGGUGGAGAAUCUGGGGAAAACUAUUUCCAGGCCCUGGAAAGCAGACACAUUUUGCCUCACUUUCUCCCUCUCUCUCUCUCUCCCUCUCUCCACAGGCAACUUUGUGCUGUUGUGGCGACGUGGAACAAAUGUGCUCACUGCCUCCAACAUAAUGGUCACCCGGGAUGAGCGCGUAAGACUGAUAGAUGGCUAUAAUUUAGAGAUAUCCGAUUUGGAGCCGCAAGAUGCCGGGGAUUAUGUUUGUCAAAUCAGUGACAAAAUAAAUCGUGAUCAAGUGCAUACUGUGGAGAUAUUGGUGCCGCCCAGCGUUCGGGCCAUACCCACAUCCGGCCAGCUGCAGGCCCGCAAGGGCGGACCCAUCACCCUGGAGUGCAAGGGCUCUGGCAAUCCGGUGCCCACCAUCUACUGGACUAAAAAGAGCGGCGCUAACAAGUCGACGGCCCGCAUCGGCGACGGCCCCAUCCUGACGCUGGAGAAGCUGGAGCGCCAGCAGGCGGGCGUCUACCAGUGCACCGCCGACAACGGCGUGGGCGAUCCAGUCACCGUCGACAUGCGUCUGGAUGUGCUCUAUCCACCGGAUAUACAAGUGGAAAAGUCCUGGAUACACUCGGGCGAGGGCUUCGAGGCGAAACUCGUUUGCAUUGUCUACGCUGAUCCAGUCGCAACGGUGUCCUGGUACCAGAACUCAUUUCCGAUACAAACGACCGAUAGACGAAUCAUGAACACCAGAGGCAAUCGACACACACUCACCAUACGCCACAUCCAGCAGGAGGACUUUGGCAACUACAGCUGCGUGGCCGACAACUCUUUGGGACGCUCCCGCAAGUACAUGGAGCUGUCGGGCCGCCCCGGACCCGCCGAGUUCUACUCGCCCAAGUGGGGCCGCUCGCCGGACAGCUACAAUCUGACAUGGAAAAUCGAUAGCUACCCGCCGCUGGAGGAGGUGCGUCUGCUCUACCGUCGUGUGCUGAUGAACGAUACCUUCCAGCAGCCGGGCAGGUGGCACGACUUUAUACUCACACCCGAACACCGGCCGGCCUCGGAGCCCCUGACACACAUCAUGUCCUACACCAUUAAGAAUCUGUAUCCUGGGGCUUACUACGAGGCGAUUGUGCAGGCCAAGAACCGCUACGGCUGGAACGAGGUCAGCGAUAUAUUUCAAUUUAUCGUGGCCAGCAACAGCCUGGACAUUGCCCCCGAGGACGCCGAGGUGGUGGCCAGCUCCAAGUCGCGCAGCAACAGCGGAGCCAUCAGCAGCCUACAAGGCCCACUGCCCCAGUGCCUGCUCCUGCACAUGGCCCUGCUGCUGGCCCUGGCCUUGAGUAAUUGUCAGUACGACAGGCGUCGACUGGGCCUGGGCCUGGGCUAAGCGACCGCAGAGCAAAACAGCAACGCAUGCCACAAAACGGGGCAGAGGCCGAGAAUGACUUGAUUUUGGUUGGAAUUUGUACAUCUUUUUGGAUUGACUAACCCGCUAAUGGUAUUCCCCUACCCCCCAACCCCCCACAACAACUACAGCAAGCUAACCAAAGAGCAAGAACCCAAAGAAAUGGAAACCAAAAUAAAAACCCACAUGUAAAUACUAUUUUGAAAAGAGUUUUGUCCACGAUUUAAUUAGCACACAUACUCGUACAUUAUAUGGCAAAGGAAAAUGGAGAAUGGAGCAAAGGAAAAUGCGAGUCGAGCAGGCAAAAAGCCCCAUGAUAGCCAUGAUAGCCAUUAUAGCCACGUAAGCCAAUCGAAAAUAGGUCAUGUAAAUAUUAAGAGCAUUAGAUAUCUGAAUGUGAAUGAACUACAUUUUACUCCGCAUAAAGAAACGUGUAUGUAAAUUAAGCAAAACAUUAUA